ACAGGCCAAGAGACAACAGUACUGUAAAAAUAUCCACUUAGAAAACAAAGCCGUACUUUUAGAAGCUGUCGCGGCUGAUGUAAUUUGUGCGCCAAGUUCCCUAACAGCUUGUACGUGUUCUACAGGAGUCAUCGGUCGGCAGUAGGGGGAGCGGGCUGGAGAACGCACGGCAAUGGAAGCCGAGUUUCGGGAAAUUGAUGAAUCCGGGAACUGGAACGCCAUUUACCAGGAAAUCAGACAACAGUCAAGUGAGCUGCCAUGCAGGAUUGCCAAACUUCCAGAAAACAGAAGCCGCAAUCGCUACAGAGAUGUCAGCCCAUUCGACCACAGCCGAAUUCAUCUUCAGCUGGGCAGCAACGACUACAUCAAUGCCAGUCUGAUCUCCAUGGAGGAGGCGCAGAGAAGCUACAUACUUACUCAGGGUCCUUUACCUAACACAUGCGGUCAUUUCUGGGAGAUGGUGUGGGAGCAGAGGACUCGAGGGGUUGUCAUGCUGAACCGUGUUAUAGAGAAAGGCUCGGUGAAGUGUGCGCAGUACUGGCCACAGAAAGAGGAGCGGGAAGCGUUUUUUGAGGACACAAACUUCAAGCUGACGUUGGUUUCAGAGGAUGUGAAGUCGUACUACACAGUCCGGCAGCUGGAGCUGGAGAAUCUAUCAACUCAGGAAACCAGAGAGAUUCUUCAUUUUCACUACACCACUUGGCCAGACUUUGGUGUGCCUGAGUCUCCAGCAUCCUUCCUGAACUUUCUGUUUAAGGUGCGGGAAUCAGGCUGUCUAAACUCAGACCAAGGACCUGUGGUGGUCCACUGCAGUGCUGGCAUCGGCCGUUCCGGAACCUUCUGCCUUGUAGACACCUGCCUCCUGCUGAUGUCUCUGAGGAAAGACCCGUCCUCAGUCCGGAUCAAGGACGUUCUGUUGGACAUGAGGCAGUACCGGAUGGGUCUGAUCCAAACAGCGGACCAACUCCGAUUCUCCUACCUCGCUGUUAUUGAGGGAGCCAAGUCCAUCAUGGGAGACACAUCUGUUCAGGAGUCAUGGAAGGAGUUAUCAAAUGAGGAAGAUCCUCCUCCAGAGUUCACUCCUCCACCUCGACCACGACCCCUGAAGGACCCCCACAAUGGAACGGGUGAUCCUGUAAAGUUUGAGCCCACACCUCGUUUCUUCCCCGAGCACGAGCUCAUACAGGAGAGGAACGAGAUCCACAUACACAGUGCCCCUCCAGAAACGGUGCUUCGCCAGCGGACAGUGGCGGCAGGAGCAGGUGAGACCAGUACAGAGACGUUGCCUAAUGACCAGCCUGACCACGCCAACGCCCUGAAGCCAAGUUACACUGUCCCAGAGACGACAGAGCCUCCAUCCAAACCCACACGGUCACCUCCGGAGACUCAUACGGCCCCACCUGGUGGCACUGCAGCUGGAGAGUGGAGCCCCCUUUUGGCCAACGUCUGUGUGUGCACUGCACUCAUUCUAGGUGCAUACGUCUGUUACCGCGCCUGUUUCCACUGAUGUUCUCUCUCUUUUUCUUUCUCUCUCUCUCUUUUCUCUGUCUGUCUUCCCCAUCCUUCUCUCUCUCUCUCUCUCUCUCCCUCCAUCUGUGGGGGUGGGCAAAUAGGUUCUGCUGGCCAGCCAGCCCUCUCUACCUCCUUUGAGAGAGAGACAAUUAGAAAAAGAGAGAGAUGAAGACGGAGAGAGAGAGGCCAUCUGCCAAUGAGGCCUGUCUCUUUAUUCUUUUCAGUCCCCCCCAGCCCCACUUUCUUUUCCUCACACAGUUUGGGGAGAAGGAUGUAGAGAAAAGACUUUCUCAGCCAGACUGCUGUUAUUCCCCCACCACACACACACCCACACACACACAAACACAGAGUCUACAGUACAGUGUAAAAAGUCAGAGACAAUCCUUCAUUUAUUUAAUUUCCAGUCAAAACAGCCAUUAAGAACAAGUUAUUCAUUUUUCAGGAGAUAUUUUUGAUGAGAUUAGAUAGAAGAUAAAUCACUUGCUUAAGGAAGAGGAAAGUCAAAGGAAAAUAUGUAUAAAAAUAACAUGAGUUUCCAAAAUUUUAAACUUUGAAAAGAUUUAAAAAAAAACAAAUUUAAAGAGUAAAUGGGACUCCUAACAACCUCACAAGACCUGAAAGACGACCAACAUCAGAUGAACAGCACUUAAAGCUUUCAUGUUUGAGAGAGAGGAGAAAAUCAAGCUCCACUCUUACUUCAGAUCUAAAAAGGUGUUUCUGUCCGUCCUUCCACCGUGAGCCGACAACUCAGUGCUAUUGGUGUCUAAGAAUGUUUAGCUGUCAAGAAGCCAUUACUGAGAAAAGGAAAGAGACAAAAAGACGACAAUUUGUACUGCAAUUUUGUAUUUGGCAUUUCUUGGAUUGUGAGAAGUAGAAAAUGCAACCGACUUCUACAACUGAACUUUGGAAGUGUGGUCCCUGCAGUUUUUUUUUUUGAAAAGCUGAAAACGAAUCUCCUGCAAAGAUAGGAUAUAAGUAAUGAAGGCAAAGGGUAGACAUACUAGGUACUGAAAAUUACAUGAAUAACUUUCUUUAACAGCUAUUUUGUUAGGAAAUUAAAUACCUGAAGGAUGGUCUCUGACUUUUGCAUAGUACUGUGUCUGUUCAGUAGCUCAGGGCAUCACAUUUCAGGUGUCACCAAAAAUGGCAUCCAGGUUUUACUCAAUCCAAAUGAACCCUUUUAUUAUUGCUGCAAUAAGCAAGGGAAGGUUUGUGUGUAUACUGUGUAUGAUUGCGUGUAUACAGUAUGUUUGUGUGUGUGUAUGUCAGGGUAGUAGGGUGUAUGUGUAUGUAUUUGUGUGUCACAUAUAAUGUCUGCAUUCUAAUAACUUUGCAGAUUUCAUAUACCGUAACUGCCAUAAACCCACAAAUAGACUCCUCUGGCUUUGGCAGUUCGUUGAUCCUCCUCAAAUUCAAAGUGUUCUUGUUCCUUUUUCUCUUUUCCUGCUACCCCUGCUCAUCAGCAGAGUCCAGAACUGUGUGUUGUGUGUGCGUAGGAUUAGGAGGGAAUUGUAUUAAGUGUGUGCGUAUGUGGAGAGAGAAGAGUGGUAUUGGACCCCACUCUUAAAGGAAUAGUUCGGCGAACAAUUAAAUUUACAGAAUCUUCCACUUACAACAGAUGUUGUCAAUCAGACAUGUUUGGUGUCCACAUUUUGCUUCUUUAAUUUAGCACUGGAGCUCCUGUAUUUACAGAAAGGAUUUGGGUGACUAUUGACUUCGUGUUUGUUAGCAACACUAGCCUUUUAGCUCCAGUUCUAAACUAAAGAAGAACAGUUGACACCAAACAUGCUUUGCCUGGUUAACAUAUCUGGUAAGUGGAAAACUCUGCAAAUUUAAUUUUUCAUGGAACCAUUCAUUUAAAGCAAACUUGCCAGAGGUGAUGCCAGGGCAUGUGCAUGAACGUUCUGUUCUGUACACCAGGAGGGGACGUGUUCCCUGCUUAAGACAGCUAUGUAUGUAUGCGUGAAUGUUUUUGUCUGUAUUAGAUUAAACAAGUGUGUAUAUAGUUGGGGGUGGUCAGUGAUGUAUCCUGACGCUCUAGUCUCACCUGCUGUUUUGGUGAGAAAGACAAGCUAGCCUUUUAAGCAGGCUUCAAAAUUCCCAUUUUUGUAGUAAUAGCCGCACCCCCUGUUCUCCCUUUCUUUUUAAAGGGGAAUUCCACCACUUUUUCAAAAUUUCUGCAUAAUUCAGUUGUUGAGAUGUACACAAAAUUACUGAGUGUUUUAAUGUGAAAUGACUGCACAGUGGUGGUGAUAGGAACUAGGGAUAACGAUAUCAACAACACAAAUACAGCCAGGCCAGGACUGGGGGACUGUUUUUGUCCUACGUCUUGAGUGUAGCUCUCCACCAGGCCUGGGUUCAAACACAGUUUUGGGCCAGAACCUAAUCACAAAACUAGAAUAAGCCGUCCCAGGCUUCAGGCAGAGUAUUGACAUCUAUUAAAAAGUGUGUGUGAUGUAGCUUUUAGAGGCAUUAAACUCUUCAGACUUCUGGUCACCACCCCUAUGGACAAUUCUGACUUGGCAAGUUUAUCAAGAAUGAAGCGUUUAACAUCAAACCACUCAUAAUUACAAACUCAGUCAUUAAAUUAUGUAGGAAUUUUUCAACAUUAGUGGAACUUCCCUUCAACGUUAUUUUUAUUGUAUGGACUGUUUGAAAAGUUGAGGCGAGUGAGCUUGGGAGAGAUGUGUGAGCAAGCGUGUGGUGUGCGUGUGUUGGGUCUGAAUGGAGAGGUGGGAUUACUGUUCUAGCCCUAUCUCCUCCUGCCCACUUCCAAAGGUCACAUUUGCACUUAGCCUUUUUUUCAAAAAAAAGAAAAAAAACAUACAAAAGAUAAAAAUACAAAGAUAAGGCUUAGGCAGACGAGUCACGUCUACCCGGCUUGUCCACUUGUUUUCGUUUUUUCCGCAGCUCUUACAAAGGACUCUUGGAAUGUGCUAUGUUUUUGCUGUUGGUGUUUCCCUCAGCGUUUUCAUUUCUCUCCUGCUUUUUUCCAUUUGUCAUCGAGCUCGCAAAACGUUUGAUCAACGUAUUCAGGGACAUUGACCUCGUUUUUGUGGUUUUGACGAGAUCAUUAAAAAAACGUUGCUUUUUCUGGCUCAGAACCCACUUUUUUUUUUUCUUUUGCAUAACGUAGGGGAGGGGGACGGAGGGUUCCGUCAGCACAGUGCUAAACGUUACUUAAACGUUACUUCAGCGUUAUUUCAAGGUUACGUCUGCUUAACCUUGGCAGGCCGCAUGAACGCACAAUGUCAGGUGGACCUCAAGGACACACUGGCUCAAUCCCAAACCCCUUCCCAUACUCGCAGUCAUAGAACAGGAGGUGACUUUAAAGCAGCUUUGAUUUUGACUCAGCCAUCCACCAGGUGGCAGCAUUGAGUCCUAUUGCUUUCUUCAGUGCAGUAUUCUCGUACCCUGCUAUAAUGGAGCUGGGGGUAGAGUUUUAGGCCUUGGAUUUGGCCUUCGUCUCCUCCUCCCCUUCUUUUGUUAGCAAUACAUUUAAACAUUUGUGUGGGUGAGGCACGAGAGUAAGAAGGGCAACAAAGGUGGCCUCCGUUAGCUUACAGUUUGUAAUGGCAGCUGACACUUCUGGUUGCUUCGUCAAAAGCCAACAUGGAUGUUUUUUUUUCCUCUCUCUAAAAUGUGGAUCCUGGUUCGCACAGGCUUGUGUUUUCUCUCCUAUAGAACAUUUCUCAAUUUUAUGGAAAUGUGUGUGGAUUUUUUUGAUCUUUUUGUGUACUCAGAAUGGCCUAAACUUAAAUAACUAAAACUAAAAUAACUUUUCCUUGUUAUAUGUUAACAAGGAAAAAAGAAAUGGAACUGCUGCAGGUCGUGUCUUUGUUGUUCCUGCAGUUUCAGAGCCACGUCCGUAACGCUGUAGUGUAGUUUUUGACUAGGACAGAAUUUUCUGACCCUCGGAGGCUGAUUAGCAACAUUUUAGUUGUGACUCUUCUUUUUUUCAUACACUUCAUAGAACUAAACAUAGAAACUGAAACUGAAGCCUACUAUCAAAGAUGCUGUUUUUAUACCCCGAGGCUAUUGACGAAGAAACUAGUGGAUAGAAAAUGCUGGCUCAUUUUGGUGACUUUGGACCACCUGUUGGACAGGGAGCAGUGAGGGUCAAACCAAAAAAAAACAUAGAAAACAAACAACAAACAAAGCACCAGCACAUGGAAAAAGAGAGGAAAUAUAAAAAGGUGGUGGUAGGAUUUAGUGGCAAUCGGUUGGGUUAGACUAUCUAUUACUAUUAUUAAUAUUUAUUAUUGUUAUUAUUUUUAUUAUUUUGACUAUUAUCAAGAGAGAUUAUGGGCAGUUUAACACAUUUCCUUCAGGUCAAACAUAACCACAGAAAGGGCCCCUAAGGUUUGAAUGAUGUCGAGAAACAUUGGAACAGACUAAAGCAGACUUGCCUAACAAUUAUUGAGACAAAGAUGAUUGAUCCCUUUGGUCCUUCAUGUUGUUUCAAUGUGUUUGCUUUUGUCUGAAGGUGUGCUUGGCUUACUUGAAAGCUGCUAUCUCUAUGAUCAGUCCAAAAUGACGACAUUUGAUUGUAUGUGGACUCUCCGCUGGGUUCGGAAACAUUAUUUGGCGUGAGGCUCUUACCAGGGGUUGUGGUUGAUUUUGAAGGGUUUGUGGUCGGACUGAAAGAUUGCUAGCAUGUAGUUACUUAAACGGUGCCCAGUCCCUGUGCCCGGCUAACUGGCUGGACCUCUAGAAUGUAAUGUCCUUCCCAUGGACACCCCCCCCCCACUACUUGUUUUAAUCAGGUCGCUUCAUGCCGCAGUUAUUACUUUGUGUUCGUCUGUCAUUUGCUUUUGGACUGGCAGAACGAUAGAAACCUCUUAGCCUUCAUGUGGAAGGCCUACCAAUUCCUGUUUUUUUUCCCCUUCUUACCAUCUUUUUUGUCAUAUAUUUUUUAUGUUCAUUAUUCCUCAUAUUA